UUCAUAUUGACAGUUGUUCCAAAGAUUUUGCAUCCGAGGCACAAGAAAGUGAAAGGUAUUGGUGGAAUAAUCAGCGAUUUCAGGACAUUUGUCCUUAACCUUUAAUGGUUGUGUUUCAACCAAGACAUGGACGAAGAUGAAGGACAGAGGAAACUAGAUGCUGGAAGAGCAAAGAAAUCCACCAACAUGCAGCACAGUCAGUUGCUUGCGAGCUUCCGACAGAAAAGGGCGAAAGGCGACGGUCAAGUCGCGCAGAAAAAGACGCAGAAGGGGAAGGGCCCGUCUCCAACGCAGAAUGACGGCCCAGCGCAAGGUCGCCCCCUAGGGUUGCACCUCCGGACAGACGGCAACGCCACACAGCAGGACCGCAUGUGUAACAAUGAGGAACCACAAUGUUUUGGGGAGACCGAUCAGAGCCAUCUUCCAGAGGUCCAGUGGAGCCAGGGGCACUUGGAGCAACACCAUCCCCAGGAGGUAAGCAGUGUCCUGGGGAGGCAGGCGGUCAGUGGGCAUCCUGAGGAGAUAGCGGUUGUGGGAGAGGAGGUCCUAGUGGUUUGCACUGGAAAAGAUCAGCUCAAGCAGUUACAGGCCGCAGUAGAGAAGCGUAAUGAGAUCAUCAGCAGACUGAGCUGUAACCUGCAGGAGGCGCUGGAGAGCAGAGACAAGGAACAGCAGGAGGCCUUCUUCCUCACUGGACAGAUACAGGCUCUGAAGAUGCAGCUACAGCAGACCUCUCAGUUCUUUCCCUCCAGGACCCAGUGGGGCUCAGAGCUCUCCCUAGACCAGCGGCAGGCCUCCCGGCCUGGCCACAGCUCCCACGACCUUCCCUCACUCCCCAACCACCUGGAGGUCCCAGUGACAGUACCAGGGAACCAAAUACGCACACUCCGAAUGGAACAUGAACAGACUGGAGCUGGGUGCGAGAGCCCAGAACAAUGCAUUGAUCCUGAGAUGGAUGUACUGAUACACACAUUGAGGAGAGAGCUGCUAGAGGAGAGGGAGAAAAACCAGCUCAUGCUUUCCCAACUAGAAGAGGAGAGGACAGGGAGGGAGGAGGAGAGGAGAGAGAUCCACCAGUACAAGGAGGAGAAGGAGGUGUUGAAUAGGGAAUUGCAGGAGCUAAGGAGGAGACUGGAGGAGGAGAGGGAGAGAAGGAACGAGAGGGAGGAUGAGCGAGAGAUCAGGGAAAGACAGGAAGAGGAGAAGAGGAGACUUGGAGAGGAGUUGCAGAGAGUCCGACAGGUGUUGGGGGAGAGAGGGAGAACGAGAGAGGAGUUGGUGUUCAAGGCUUCUAAAGACAAACUGAACCGGGCCAAGGCCAGUGUGGAGGAGGAGGAUGGAGAGAGGGAGAGAGAGGAGUGCCUUCUAGACCUGUCCCUCCCCACUGAUGGCACCCCGCUGUUGGAGCGCUACCUCCCCUCGGCCCUCCCCUCACACACACACUUGUCCUGGGCCAAUGAAACUCUGGAGGAGUGCAGCUUUCUGGAAGGGCACAGCCUGCUGGACAACUCUGGCAACUACAGGUUUGAGCUGGACAGUGACAUCAUCAGCGGUGGUGACCAAUCCCAGCUGUCCUUUUCGCACGAAGAACAGACUCACUUUUCUGUCCCACAAUCCACUGCACAGUCCCACCACCCCGACCCUGAGAAUGAAACCUUGCCCUCUUUCGCCUCCCAGUGGCAGAACGACCCCCUCUCUGUCUCACGAGACGCCAGUGAGACCUCUGAGAGGCUCAGUGAGACGUCGGAGAGUCAGGAGGUCUCAGACCUGGGCAAGGAGCUGCUCAUCCAGCAGUGUGGAGACCUCAGGGAGGAGGUGGCUCUGAGGGAGAGGGAGAAGGAGGUGGUGAUGGAGGAGUUGAGGAGGAGCGCUGAGGAUCUGGAGGAGGCCAGUGCCAGGUGGGCCCAGGUCUCUGAGGAGCUGCAGGAGGUGCACUGGAAGCUUGAGGAGGAGCGAGAGAAGAGGAGGAGAGCUGAGGAGGUCAGCCUGAAAACACACGAAGAGGACAAUCUGAAGAACAGACUCUGCACCUUAAUGGAGGAGAGAGAGAAAGAGAUGGAGAGACUCAACUCUCCUCUCCUAGAGAAGGAGGGAGGUACUCUCCUCCCCAGCCAGGAACGAGUGAUGGAACAGCUAAAAGUGGAGAAAUCUCUCCUCCUCGCUCGUCUCAAACAGCAGGAGGAGCUGCUCUCCUCUGUCCGGUUGGAGAAAGGAAGCAACAAGGAGAAAGAGGAGGAGGAGGAGAAGAGUGUCCUCUCCAGGUUGAAGCAGCAGGAGCAGCUGGUCUCUUCUCUGCAGGAGGUGAAAUGGGCAGGAGACUCUGUCUCCUCUGAAGUUCAUGCUCUGUUUGGAAUACGGCUACAGUCACUACAGACCCAUCGUGACCAGCUUCUAGCGCUGUUGGAAGAAACUAAAACCAGGCACAAAACCACCACCGCUCUCCUCAGUCAGAAAACCCUGGAGCUCGAAACCGCUCAGAAAGAGAUGGACAGAGUCCAGAAGGAGGCGGAGACAGCGAGGCAGGACGCGGAGCAGAGGGAGAGGAGGACAGAGCAGAUGGAGAGGGAGAAAACAGAGGUAGAGUCUGAGUUGCUGUGUCUGAGACAGAAUCUGUGGAACCUGGAGGAGCUGCAGGCCCAGGGAGUGAGGGAGGAGGGCAGAAGGAGAGAGGAGGAGAUGGACAGAACCACACAGAGGAUGGAGAAGGUUAUGGCGGAGGAGCUGGAGGAGUUCCAGAGACAGCUCCGAGACAAGGAGGAAGAGGUGGCAGAGGAGAGGGAGAAGUGGGAGGUGGAGAGGCAGGAGAAGGACGGGGAGGUGCAGGGGGUGAGACGCCUGCUGGAGGAGCAGCGGAGGGAGAGGGAGCAGGAGGUGAAAGCGCUCCUGGAGCAGCAGAUGCGGUCUGUGGAGGAGGCCACAGAGAGACUGAGAAGAUCUCACAGUGAGGACGUGCAGGAGCUGCAGGAGAAACACCAGGAGGAGGUGUCUGAGCUGAGCGGCCGUCUGGAGAGAGAGCUGUGUGAGCAGAGACGCAGUCUGGAGGAGGAGCAGAAGAGACAGAUCAGCCUUAUCAAACAGGUGAACGAGAGAGAACACCAGAGGAUGCUGUUGGAGAUGUCACAGCAGAGGGAGGAGCUUAGCCGUUUGAAGGCAGAGCUAUCAGGGGACCAGAGGGAGAGCAUGGAGACAGCCCACCAAGCAGAACUACUGCAGAUACAGAGCCAACAGGCUCUGGAGCUGGAGGCGCUGCGUCUGAGCCUGACCAACCACCAAACGACCCAGCUAGAGCUCUCCCAGACCAACCUGCAGCGGGAGCGGGAGGCCUCUCUAAGUGAGCUCCAGGCUUCCCUCAGGGAGAAGUGGGCCCAGGAGAGGGCCGUGCUGCAGGCCAGACAGCAGUUUGAGGUGGAGAGGCUGAGAGCUGAGAGUGAGGAGAGGAUCCAGCGAGAGCAGCAGGAGUAUCACAGGAACAUGGAUGCUCUGAGGCAUGAGUGUGAGAGUCGUGUCUCCCAGGAGAGAGCGUCCAUGGAGGAGCGGCAGGCUGCAGAAAUAGUGGCCUUGAGGUCCCGGUGGCAGCAGGAGUCAGAGAAGGCCCAGUCAGAGCUCCAGACACAGCUGUCAGAGGAUCAGCUAUCACUCUCCUCUACCCAGGCAGCCUUCACCCAGACUGGGGCAGAUCUGUCCGAGAACCAGGCUUGCCAGGAGGAGCUCCAGAGGCUGGAGGGGGAGCUGAGCCAGGCCUGGACCGACAGGGACGCUGCUGCCCGUGCAGUGGAAGAUCUGGUGUCCAGACAUCAAGUGGUGCUGCAGGAGAGAGAGGAACAAACACGGCAGCUACAGCAGGAGGUGUGUCGUCUGCAUAGGGAGCAAGUGACUCUGAGACAGACCUGUGACCAGAAGGUUGCUCAGCUAGACAACAUGAGGACCAACCGCCAGGAACUGGGACAGUUGAAGGAGCAGCUGCUAGCUCGUUCGUCGCGGGUGGAUGACAUUGAGCGUCUGCAGGCGGAGUUUAACGAGCAGAGGCAGGAGAUCAAUGAGCAGAACGAGGUCGAGCUGGAGAACCUGAGGAGGUACUUUGAGCAGUGUCUGCGAGUAGCAGAGGAGAGCUACCGGGAGGAAAUAGCCCUGCUGCAGCUGAGACUGGUGGAGGGAGCCUUGGAGGACUCUGUACUCAAGACCCAGGAUGCUAGUUUCCUGUCUAAAGGGAGAGGGGAGGAGUUGAGGAACGAUGUUCUGGCUGAGAUCACACUGAAACUGGAGAAACACCAGGAGGCGUUUGACCAGCUGCGUGUCCAGUUGGAGGAGAGACACACUAAGGAACUGUCUAACCUACGGUCCUCUCCGGCCCUGCCCUACAGAGAGGAGCUGCUACAGGUGCGUUUGGACCUGACUGAUCGUUACAAUGGCGACCUGCAGGAGCUGAAGACUCGCCACGCCCUCGAGUUGGAACAACUCUGCGCUAAACUGUCAGACAGCCAUGUCAGAGAGCUGACGAGGGUGCGUCUGGAGGCUGCCAGACAGGUGGAGGUGGAGGUGGAGCAUAGGAUGUGGUGUCACUCUGAGGAGCUGCAGACCAGAACGACCAUGAUCCAGAACCUGGAGACACAACUGGCUGCCGUGGCAGACACACACAACAUGGAGCUACGCUCACGCACUAUGAAGCUGAAGCAGAGCUUUGCUGAGGAGCUGGGUGUGAAACUAGCAGAGGAACGUGUGAUGGAGGAGAUGACCCUGAGGAGAGUGGAGGAGGUGCAGAGGCUCAGACAGGAGCUCCAGGAGGAGGGGGAGGCACGGGUCUCUGCCCUGAGAGAGGAGAUGGAAAGAGGGAUGGCAGCGGAAAGGAAAGCUCUGGAGAAAGGGAUUGAGGAGGCGAGAGUGGCGCUCAGGAGUCUACAAGCCUCACUGGACAACAACCAGAACCCCCAGGCGGUGGCAUUGAGACAGAGACUAGAGGCCCAGUACGAAGCUGAGCUGGCCAGGGCCAAGUCCACUGUGGCUGCUGAGGUCAAGGAGCUGACUGCUCUGCUUCAGGAGCAGGGAGACCAGAGGCUGCGCCAAGCCCAGGACAGGUUCCAGGAGGAGAGGGAGGAGUUGGAGCAGCGUCUGGCCCAGCAGGGUGAGGUUUCUCUGGGGGAGCUGAGGGAGGAACACAUGGCUGCCAUGGAACUCCUGAAAACCAUGCUACUGACCAACCACACGAAGGACAUGGACACGCUACGAACCAAUCACAAAGCAGAACUGGAGUCCUUUUUGGCCAAUCACAAGGCUGAGCUCAAAGCAAUGGCAACGGAGAUCGCAACAAAACACAAGGAGGAGCUUGUUGUCUUGGAAACCAGCCUUGAAUCAAAACGCAAGGCAGAGCUCGAUCGCCUGGAGGCAGUCCUACAGGAAACCAAUGAGGCUCAGCUAGAGGCACAGGAGGCAGAGUUAGAACACCGGCAUCAGGAAGAGAGGGAUGAGCUGGAGAAGAGGAUGCUGGGUAAUAUGGACACACUGGAAACCACGUACCUGAGGGAGAUUCAGACUCUACGCUAUCAGAAGUCACAGCUUGAGGCGGAGCAUAUGCGGGAAGUGGAGUGUGAUGGGUUGGAGCAGCAGUCUGUCAGGGAGGAGCUGAGGAAGAAGCUGGCUCAGCUUCACAUGGAGAAGUUUAGCGCCAUGGCAACAGAGCUCAGCCACACCCACCAGAAUGAGUUGACAAUCCAGAGAGAGGCCUUAGAAGCUGAACACCACAUGGCUCUGGAGGCCCUCAGGAAAAAGGUCUUGGAGUUGGCGCAACAGCACUGCACCGCCUUAGAGGAGCUCACACGCACCUACACCUCAGAGACACAGCAACUCAACACACAGCACCAGCAGCAGCUUCAGGAGCUAAAGAGUGCGUCUGUGAGAGAGCUACAGGUGUGUCGCCGGGACCUGGAGGAGUCGUUGUCACGGCAACGGCUGCACUUCCUGGAAGAGGUUGAGCUUCUGAAGGCCCAAGCAGAGGAGAGACUUCAGCACAAGAUCAGCCAACUGAAGGCGGAGUUUGAGGAGCAGAAGGAGGCGGAGCUAGCAGAACAGAGGCAGAGCUUCUUCGGUGCUGAACACGAGCAGAAGGAACAAAGCUACACCGACAAGAUGAGCCAGCUCACUGCACAACUGCUACAGCUGGACACUGUGGUGUCACAGCUGCGAGCGGAGGUGGGUAGUCUACAGGGGGAGUUGGAGGGGAAGAGGUCAGAGAUGGAGACCCUGGAUACACUCCUCCAACGGCGAGAACGAGAGAGUCAGGAGGGAGGCAACCUCCUCAACAUGCUUACUGAGGACCUACACACUGCCAAGGAGGAGAGGCACACUCUCCAGUCAGCCAAUGAGAGACUGAGGAAGGUUCUGAUUGAGGUGGUUCUGAGCACCAUGGCAAUGGAGGAGCUAAUUGGCUGCCGGGUCAAAGCCUGUGUCGGGGUCAGAGGUCAUGAUCAGGGUGACAGGCCAGGAGAGGAAACAACCAAUCAGGAGGCAGCAGACAUGUCGACAGGCGUUCUAGAUCUCUCUCAGCGUGUGUGUGAGAACCUUCUACUGGCAGAGUCCCAAAAAAACUCUGGCGGAGAGGAAGCAGCCCUGGGAGCCUGCAGCCAACUACGCCACUCUGUGGACACACUCCUGGAGCUCCUCACACGCGCUAGCACACAGUUGGAGGAGUCUUGUUCUGUCCAUCUGUCUCUGGAGGAGAGAUUUUCCCAGGGCCGUUCAGACUCCUCCCAGAUGCUGCUCCAACACCAGCUCGUGUUGGAUCAGCUGGACCAGGAAGCGGGACUCAAGAGCAAGCUCCAGCUGGAGCUCCACAAAGCCGAAGGUCUGUUGGAGGGCUAUGUGGCUGAGAAGGCAACUCUGGAAGAAUCUCUACAACAAAAGGAGGCUCAGGAAGAACGGCUUGUUGAUGAGCUAGAGGGCCUCCAGGCGCAGCUGCACCAGAUGGAUGGCCUCACGGUGGAGCUGGAGGGCCUCAGGGUGCAGCUGCAUCAGAAGGAAGGCCUCACCUCUGAGCUAGAGGACCUCAGGGUGCAGUUGCAGGAGCUAAGCGAGGAGCACCGUCUCCUCCAGCGCCAGAAGGUCCAUCUCACCGCUGGACUGGGAGAGAGAGAAAAGGGGUCCUGUCAGAGUAUAGAGGGGGACACGGGCCUCCUCGUUGAGGCAGAUCGUCUGGCCCAGGAGAGGCUGUGUGUGCAGCGGCAGGCGGCGAAAGACCGCAGCUCACUGGCUUUGCGCCUCAGGGCUCUGGAGACCGAGCUUGAGGAACAGGAGAACCAGGGCCUGACGGCGGAGCAGCAGCACAGGGCUCAAUCAGAAGACUUCCAGCAGCGCGUCCAGGCCCUCGAGAAACAGCUCAAACACAACAGACAGUUUAUAGACGAGCAGGCAGUGGAGCGGGAGCAUGAGAGAGAUGAGUUCCAACAGGAGAUCAGAAGUCUGGAGGCUCAGCUCAGACAGCCAGCCAGACACACUGCCGGGGCCAGCAAGGGCCAGUGGAUUGAAGACUUGGUUCUGCAGGUGGAGAGCCUUCAAGCCCUCAUCAGGGACAAGACAGAAGACCACACCUCCCUGCUGGCAGCCAAUCAACAGGUCCAGCUCGAGGUUGCUGAGCGCAAUGAGGAGAUUGACAAGCUGGCUGGGCGAAUUAGUGAGCUGGAACAGGCGUUGCUAAGCAGCUCCGAGAGCAGCAGAGCUGUCAGUCAACUGGAGCAGGAGCUGCGCAGAACUCGGCAGAGAGAAGAGGAGCUCACACAGGAUAAGGAGUCAUUGCAGCAGCAGCAGUUGUCAAAUCGUCUCCAGAUUUCAGCCCUGCAGUCUAAACUGGAUGAGACCCGUCACUGUUACCGUGACAACAAUGCUAGCACCACCGACCCCAUCCAGCUUCUCCGAGACGCGUUGGACACCGCACAGCAAGACCUGCAGAACAAGGAGAAACAGGUGUGUGUGUUGGUUGGUCAAAUGGAGGAGACUCAGAGAGACCUGACCAUAAAAGAGGCGGAGUUAAAACAUCUCACUCUCCAGCUGGAGCUCCUGACCAAUCAGAACACGGAUACCAUCACCCAGCUUCACGACCAAGUCGCUUCUCUCAAAGAGACAGUUUCAGCCCUUACCUUUCGCCUGGAGGAGAGAGAUGGAGAGGAGGAGAGUCUCCCAUCUGCUCUGUUAGAGGAGAAGAAUGAGGAGAUAGACCACCUGACCCAGGAGAUACACAAGCUAGAACUGGAUCUGGAGACAGCCAGGGACAUCACGGCCUUCCAGACAGAACUUGAAGACCUCCGCUCCCAGGUGGAGCACCUCCGCUGUGACAUCAUCAGGGUGCGUCAGGACAAGCAGGAAGAGGAGGAGCGGUUUCACGAGGUCAUCAGCACGCUACAGGCGGAGCUAAACACCCUUGGCCCCGCCUACCACGAGGUCAGCGACCUAUCACAAGAGGGCGACAGUGUUAACCCUUCAUCUGCUCCCAGCCCGGAACCUGCCAACUACCCCCAACCAGAGAGAGGAGGAGGAGGAGAGGGCGACAGUGUUAACCCUUCAUCUGCUCCCAGCCCGGAACCUGCCAACUACCCCCAACCAGAGAGAGGAGGAGGAGGAGAGGGCGACAGUCUUAAGCAGGAGAUGCAUCUCCUCCACUCAUCUUCUCGUUCUCGUGUGGAGGCCAUGCAGGGGCAGCUGGAGGUGACGGUGGGAGAGAAGGAGGCGAUGGAGAGACUGCUGCUCUCUCAGGAGGAAGAGUACAGAGGACAGGGGGAGGAGACGGGGAAGAGGCUCAGGGAAGAGAGGGAGAGAGGGGAAGAGGUAAAGAGAGAACUCCAUCUAAAAGAGGCUGAGCUUGAAGAGGUGAGAGCCAGGAAAAAAGGUCUGGAAGAGGAGAGGGAUGCAGCUGUGGAGGAGAGCGGUCGCUGGCAGGCUCUUGCCCAGGAGACGAACUCCCUGCGAGGGGAGAGAACUCGGCUAGACUCCCUGGUCCUGGAGCUAAAAUCAAGGGUUGAAGAGCGGGAGAAAGAGACUGAAGCCCUUCUACAGACCUUGGUGGCUGUCGAGAUAGCGAAGGCAGAACUUUCGUCAGAACGCGAGGCCCUGCGGAAGAAGGAGUGCAGACUCCAAGAGGAAAUAGAACGCCUCCAGCAGGAAGUGACCUCUCAGGGAGCCUGCCUCCAGGAAGUCAGCUGUCAACUAGAGGAGAGGCGAGCCAACCGGGAGGAGGCUCAGAAGGAAGUGCUGACAUGUGCUGAGGAAACUCUGGCGAAGGCUGACGCUGCCCUGAGACAGAGGGAGGAGGAGCUACAGAGACUAGGGGCAGAGCAUCAAGCCCUGGAGGCAGAGUUAGCAGCUGUGAAGGAGGGUCUUUGCUCCAGCACAGAGAGAGCUGAGAAACUACUGGAGGAGGGACAGACCAAGGACCGGGCCCUGGUUGACCUGGAAACCAAUAACCAGCAUCUGAAAGCAGAGCUCCGGGGCCUACAGGAAGACCUGGCCGUGCAGGAAGAGGAGCUGGCCUAUCAGCAACGAGAACUGCUGCAGCUCAGACAGACCUGCAACCCGCACAGCAGACAGACACACUCAUUGAAGGACGUCACGCCCAGAGGAUUCCAGGAUGGUGUGUCUCCCAACGAGUCCCUGAGUUCUCCCGAGGUUCUCCGUCGACUGGACUGUUCUGAUGAGAGAACCAGAGAGGACAGGUUCCACCCCUCUGUUCUCCACGGUUCUAGACUGUCUGACCUCAGUGCUUUAAACAGCACAGGCCUGGGGCUCCAGGCUAAAGCCUCCCCCCGGGGAAGGAAAGACCAGUCCUGCCCAGGGACAAUCAGCCCAGAGCUGGGCACACACAGCACCCACUCCCCUGGGUCCAUCUCUGCCUCGGACAACCUCUCCAUGUUGGACUCAAUGGACGCUGACAAGGUGCAUGAGCUGGAAGCCCUGGACCUGAUGGCCCCUCCCUCAUCUCUUGGCUCCGCCUCUCCUCUGUCUGCAACGGAGUGGGCCAGUGAUGGAUAUGUCAGCAAUGUCGGUUCAGAGCUCGGUGUAAGACUCAAGGUAGAGUUGGAGCAGACAGAGAGGCUGGACGCACAGUUCUUGGAGUACCUGCGUUGUCGAGGCAUGAACCCCGCAACCAACACACACACAGGCAGUGCCGCCGGGAGUAUGAGCUACAACGACGAACUGUUGUCUCCUGAACUACAAGGUCUAUUGAAGAGAGUGUACCAGGAGAGCUGCAGGGUUCUCGCCCUCUCCCAGCGUAACGCCCCCUCUUACCACCUCUCAUUGGACCAGACGAUCUGUCAGUUAGACUCUAAAGCUCCUCCAAUGUGUUGGGAGCAGGAGAAGAGGGUGUUACAGGAAACUGUCAUCGCUCUGAGAGAACUGCUCUGUCGGAUGGCACAAAGACCGGAGAACUCGGAUGCUGGUUGGAGCAGAGGGCAGCAGGCUGCAGUAAGGGGUGUGUUUGACUGUGAAAGGGCAGGGCUUUCCGUCGACUGGACUGAGGAGUCAUCUAAAGGGGAGGUGUUAUCCAGGCUGAGGGCGGAACUAGAGGAGAGCAGAGAGCGACUUAACUCCUCCCACAGCACCCAGCAGGAACUACAAAACGAGAUCUGCAAACUCGGGCUGUGUAUAGAGGACUGUGAGGAGGCUGUAAGGAGGGAGGAGACCAGAGUCCAGGAGCUACAGCAGGAGCUGGACCAGGAGAGAACUCUCACACACCUCCGGGAGAAGGAAGAGGAGCAGCAGAGAUCAGAGGUCGUGGCCCUGAGGGGUCUGCUGGACCAGGAGAGGACGACCUCAAGUAACCUCCGACAGGAACUCCAGAUAGAACUCUCCCGCGGCCACCUCCUCCAAUCACAGCUCGACACACGGCUAGCCGAUGCCCAUAAGGAGCUGGAGGAGGAAUGCGCCCGUUCCGCCCGGCAACUCGACACUUUCCAGUCACAGGAAAAGAGUCGGCUGGAACACUUCCUGAAAGAGGCUGAGUCCCGCCUAGCCAACGCCCACAUGAAGGAACUGGAGGAGGAAUGCGAGCGCUCCGCCCGGCGUCUCGAUGACAUCACACGCAGACAAGAAGCGGACGCGUCCCGAGACAGGAAGUUCAUCUCGGAGCUCCGCUCUCAACUGGAGCAGGAGAGGAGGCAGGGGGAGGAGCUAGCCACCAUGACAGAUGGACUGAGGGCGGAACUUCUGCAGAACCAGAGGAGAGUAGAGGAGGAAGAGAGGAAGAGGAGAGAGGAGGCACAGAGAGAUCAGGAUGCUGCAGCCUGCCUCAGAGUUACUAUGGAGACACUCAAGGAGCAGAAGCAGGAGGCUAGUCGAGCAUUGGAGACUGAGAGAGAGCGUUCUGGUCGCUUAGGGGCGGAGCGCAAUGUGCUGAGGGAGAGGCUUCGAUCGGUCAAUGACGAACAGAGGGAGCGGGAGGAACAGAGGGAGAGGGAGAGGAGGAAGGAGAGACAGGAGCAGACGGUGAGAGAGAGGCGACACGAGAGAACCAGCAACAAACUGUGUGAAUUGGAGUUAUUGCGGCAGCAGGACCUGCAGAGGAUGAGACAUCUCCAGCAGACUCUGGCUGAGCUAGAGAGGGAGGAGAGAGAGAUGGCCACAGAGAGACUGUCCAACCGACACCAGUACAACGCUAGCCCACUCCAACUCAAGAAUAACACAUCGACUGGGCCAGACCAGACCAGCACAGCCCUAUACAACCACCAGUCUUCAUCUUCCUCGGUGCUGGGGGAGAGGUUGUUGAUGGAGAACUCUGACCUGUCGGCCCGCGUGAAAGAGCUAAGUCAGGAGACAGUUAACCUGAAACACACCCUGUCCUGUCUGGAACGACAGCUACGACAGGCAGAGACUGAGAACCGGCCCAGCACUGACCUCAGCAGCAGCAAGCGGCUGUAUGAGCGCUAUCUACGGGCUGAGAGCUUUAGGAAGUCUCUGGUCUACCAGAAGCGCUACCUUCUGCUCCUGCUGGGGGGCUUUCAGGACUGUGAACAGGCAACUCUCUGUCUUAUCGCUCGGAUGGGGGCGCACCCCUCGCCCCCCCACACACACUCUCCCCUCUCACGCUUCAGAGCUGCAGUACGAGCUGUCAUCGCCAUCUCACGACUGAAGUUCCUGACCAGGAAGUGGCAGAGAGUCAUCAGGAGAGGAGUGACAACAACUGUCACUGUCAACGGACACAGCACAGCUUCCAGGACUGAGGUUUUGAGGCAGCAGCAGCCACUGGCCAAUCACAACUCCUCUCCACCUACUAGAGACAGCAGCCCCACCUGUAAGGGUGUGGUUUCACCAAUGAAAUCACCCUUCAGGCUGCAAAACCGAGUGUAUUCCAACCCGGUCCUGUCCUCUGAGUGUGCUCCAUCCAGUGUUCUGUCUCAGGAUGCCGAGCGGUCUCUGACAGACUACAUCUACCACCUGGAGAACGUACAGCAACGCCUGGGGGCUGCACGUCCAGACUCUCCAUCUCUUCUCUCCUACCACAAGAAGUCUGACUGAAGGAAUCAAGCAAUGUAUGAAUGCCUCCUUUCAAUGCAACAUAUUUAUGAUCCAUCUGUGUUCAAAUAUACAAGGGAAUUGUAUUUGUCUAAUAUCUGAUUUAGAAAGUUACUUUUUUUUUUAAAGACAACUAUUUUUUUACGAUGACUUUUUUCCACAGAUAUUUCUGUCGGCCUCCGAGUAAAUCCUAAGAGGUCUUCUCACCCGAAUGCAUGUGUUUUUGAAAGUAUUAGAUUAUAUUUUUCUACCCGACCUUUAUUCAAGUUUGUAUCUCUGAUUCUGUAUAUAUGUUCGCUGUGGAUAAAUGUGUCAAGUUUCAGACUGGAAUUCUGAGCUAGAUCAAAGCUGGUGAAUACGUUUUGUCAAUGAUUUUAAUUUAAUUUUUUAUAGAUCACCAUUUCUACAAAAUCAAUAAAUAUUUGAAUUGUGUGAU